AUGUCCUUUCUAUUCGGGCGAAAGCCGCGUCCCAAUACGGUGGAUCUAUCGAAGCAGGCCAGGGACUUGAUAUUGAAGCUCGAUGGCCCUGGAGGUGCUGUGAAGGCCGAAGAGCUGGCAAAAGCUCUAUCUCAAAUGAAAUUCAUUCUACAAGGAACACAAGAAAUAGAAAGCACCCCCGAGCAAGUACAUCAGCUGGUAACCGGAAUGAUCCAGGAAGAUCUACUUUACCUCCUCGCCGUUAAUUUGUAUCGUCUUCCCUUCGAAUCGAGAAAAGAUGCCCAGGUUAUAUUCUCUUAUGUCCUACGGUUCCGACCCGCAACAGCGUCACCGAAGAGUGAACCUAUGGCGCUUAGUUAUGUUAUAAAUAAUAGACCGGAAGUACUGGUUGAACUAUGCAAUGGUUACGAACAUAAAGAAAGUGCUACACCUGCUGGUACAGUUCUACGAGAGGUUCUAAAGAGUGAUGCUGCAGCGGCAAUCAUUUUGUACAACGAUAUCAAGGAGGGAGAUGCUAGCACCAAAGGCUUGACUGCUAUACAACCCGAAAUCAAACAGACUGGAGAGGGAGUCUUCUGGAAAUUCUUCAAUUGGAUUGACCAAGGAUCAUUCGAGGUUGGAGCAGAUGCUUUCACAACUUUUAGGGAACUGUUGACCAAGCACAAACAAAUUGUAGCACAAUAUUUGGCAACCAAUUUCGAUAUGUUUUUUGACAAGUACAACAAUAUUCUAGUCCAAUCAGCAAGUUAUGUUACCAAAAGGCAGUCCAUAAAACUUCUCGGUGAGAUUCUUCUGGAUCGAGCCAAUUAUGCUGUCAUGACCGCAUAUGUUGACCGAGGAGAACAUUUAAAGAUAUGCAUGAAUCUUCUUCGGGAUGAGAGGAAGAUGGUACAAUAUGAAGGAUUCCAUGUCUUCAAAGUCUUUGUGGCAAACCCACAUAAAUCCAUGGCUGUACAGAGGAUACUGCUCAACAACCGGGAAAGGUUAUUGAAUUUCUUAAAACAUUUCUUAGAAGAUCGUACAGAUGAUGAGCAAUUCAUUGAUGAGAGAGAGUUCUUGAUCAAGCAGAUAGAGAGAAUGCCACCACAACCUGUUGAGCCGGCUCAAAAGCCUGCACUUUUAAUGGGUCGUUAA